CUAGCGUCGUAUUAUGCGACGAUGGAUCAAAAGCUAUCUCUAUGCAGGGUCAGCAGGCAAUGGAGGGAGUGGGCGACUGAGUUCUUGUACGAGUUCGUUUGGGUCAAUCGUGCUGGACAUGCUCGACUCCUCGCUCGUACCUUGGAAACACCGGAAGGCAAGGGUCACGGUCGCUGGAUUAGGAGGCUCCACAUCGAGACCAUGACGUUGGACAAGUGCAACCCUUCGCAUCUCCGUAUUAUCCUCGACGCCUCGCCUGAUCUUGCCAUCUACUCGGACCAUCGAUCCAUUCGCCUCACCGUCUUUUCCGUCAACUCUCCUCUCGAGGAGACAUGCACGCCUGAUGACCUCUUCCAGUCGCUACCGACCAACCUCCGUCGUCUGUCAUGGACGUCGUACGAAGCGUCUCCGACUCCUACCAUACCUCUCUUUUCUGUUCUACACAAUCUCACUUUCCUUGAAUUGCACUUCUAUGCACCCAUGCGCUCGUCAUUUGCUAUCUCCUCACCACCACCUGUAACUCCCACGCAGACAUUCUAUCUUCCUCAGCUGCAGACCCUCAAAACGUCGCUUUGCUCGAAUACUUUUGAGCUUCUCUCCACCUGGAUCCUUCCGGCGCUGUGCAACCUAUCGCUUAUCUCACCUGACUUCAGCUACUCUUCCCCCGGCUUCCUUGCGUUCUUCUCCGCUCAUGGGGCGAAGAUAAACCAGCUGGAACUCGGUCAUUCGUCAUCCAAUAUCCUUGAAGAGCACUACAUUACCCCCACGCAACCAGUCUCGGUGCGGCCGAUCCUUGCGUCGCUUCUCCCGAACAUGACCGAGUUCAUCUGUUCUGCAGAUGCUGAGUGGAACUGGGAGAGCCCAGACUGGAUUGCGCCACAUGUACUCCUUCCGUCUCAUCCGCGGCUGCAGCUUAUCGGAGUCCGUGACAUCGGGCGAGGGAAUUGGCUGCUGAUUGAGCAGAUGCGGAGCCUACUGAGGCGCGAUGCGUUCCCUUCCUUGCGGUAUGUCAGGGACAUGGGUCCCGGGUUGCUCAAGGUUCGGAGCGGCCUCGAGCCUGACAUUGACCUGAUGUUGUUUUGGAGAGCUGUCUGGGAUAGCUGUGGAGGUCGAGGUGUGUGGUUGGAGGAUCUUGAAGGUAUCAAUUUCGUUGCGAGGGAUUGGAAGAGACUGGGUUUUAAUGUCCCAUCGCCUUCAGAUGCUGUCUAGUAUGCUUCUUUGUUAUUGCUGUCGUUGUCAUUGUUUUCUUGUAUCCACCCUAUCUAUUUGUUGGACGUUCUUUCGUAUACAGGUUU